CCCAACCCCCUGGGCACAUACCGCUCAAGGACCUGCCUCUCUGAGAAACUUCAAGUCUCCCUCCUUUAGCGACCUCGGGGUUGACCUUUUGCCGCUAGCCCUCGCUCCUAGGUCCACAAAAGCGCCCUUUCGGGUCCCCACGCUGCAGGCGUUGCUUUCGCCACCUCCAUCCUUGCCACUCGCGGAGUGAGGGGCAGUACGGGCCCUUUAAGAGCAGCAGGACCAGAGAGCUGAAGCUUGGAAGAGAACACUGCCGCCCGACUAGCUUCAGAGGACAGGCGCUGGGGACUAGACUACGAGAACCCGGCGGGUUCAUCCUUGUGGGGUCGCGGCGAGACCUCAACCAUCUCUCCCAACCGUGUCAUCCUUUCUGACCCGAGCCCUGCCUUCCUCUACUGCCCGCCCUGGCCUAACCCCGCCCCGCCCCGGGCCACCGGGACAGGGAGCCGGGGCGCCGGUGCCGCAGCCAGAGGCAGGUGAAGAGAGCCGGGAGUGUCCACCUCCCGCGCCGCAACGCUGAGCAUCCAGGUCGAACAUCCCGGUUGAGCAUCUCUGCUGAGCAUCCUUGCGUUGCAGCGGCCGGAGACGCGUCAAGGCCGGCUGCGUGAUGGCAGAGAAGGCAUUGGAGGCCGUGGGCUGUGGACUGGGCCCUGGGGCCGUGGCCAUGGCCGUGACCCUGGAGGACGGGGCAGAGCCCCCUGUGCUGACCACGCACCUAAAGAAGGUGGAGAACCAUAUUACAGAAGCACAGCGCUUCUCUCACCUGCCCAAGCGCUCUGCUGUGGACAUCGAGUUCGUGGAACUGUCCUAUUCCGUGCGGGAGGGGCCCUGCUGGCGCAAACGGGGUUACAAGACCCUCCUUAAGUGCCUGUCUGGUAAGUUCUGUCGCCGAGAGCUGAUUGGCAUCAUGGGCCCCUCUGGGGCUGGCAAGUCCACAUUCAUGAACAUCUUGGCAGGGUACAGGGAGUCGGGGAUGAAGGGGCAGAUCCUGGUUAAUGGGAGGCCACGCGAUCUGAGGACCUUCCGCAAGAUGUCCUGCUACAUCAUGCAGGAUGACAUGCUUCUGCCUCACCUCACAGUCCUGGAGGCCAUGAUGGUCUCUGCCAACCUGAAGCUGAGUGAGAAGCAAGAGGUGAAGAAGGAACUGGUGACAGAGAUCCUGACAGCCCUGGGACUGAUGUCCUGCUCUCACACGAGGACAGCACUGCUCUCUGGAGGGCAGAGGAAGCGCCUGGCCAUUGCUCUGGAACUGGUCAACAACCCACCUGUCAUGUUCUUUGAUGAGCCUACGAGCGGUCUAGACAGCGCUUCUUGUUUCCAAGUGGUGUCCCUCAUGAAGUCCCUGGCCCAUGGGGGCCGCACCAUCAUCUGCACCAUCCACCAGCCCAGUGCCAAGCUCUUUGAGAUGUUUGACAAGCUCUACAUCUUGAGUCAGGGACAGUGCAUCUUCAAGGGCGUGGUUACCAACCUGAUUCCCUAUCUGAAGGGGCUUGGCUUGCACUGUCCCACCUACCACAACCCCGCUGACUUCAUCAUUGAGGUGGCCUCUGGAGAGUAUGGAGACCUGAACCCCAUGCUGUUCAGGGCUGUGCAGAAUGGCCUUUGCACCAUGGCCGAGAAGAAGAGCAGCCCUGAGAAGAAUGAGGUCCCUGCCCACUGCCCCACUUGCCCUCCGGAACUGGAUCCUAUUGAAAGCCACACUUUUGCCACCAGCACCCUAACCCAGUUCUGUAUCCUCUUCAGGAGGACCUUCUUGUCCAUCCUCAGGGACACGGUCCUCACCCACUUGCGGUUCAUGUCACAUGUGCUGAUCGGUGUCCUCAUUGGCCUCCUCUACCUGCACAUCGGAGAUGAUGCCAGCAAGGUCUUCAACAACACCGGCUUCCUCUUCUUUUCCAUGCUCUUCCUCAUGUUUGCAGCCCUCAUGCCAACUGUGCUCACCUUUCCCUUAGAGAUGGCGGUCUUCAUGAGGGAGCACUUGAACUACUGGUACAGUCUUAAAGCCUAUUACCUGGCCAAGACCAUGGCUGAUGUGCCGUUCCAGGUGGUAUGCCCAGUGGUGUACUGCAGCAUCGUGUACUGGAUGACAGGCCAGCCAGCAGAGACCAGCCGCUUCCUGCUCUUCUCAGCCUUGGCCAUAGCCACCGCCUUAGUUGCCCAGUCUUUGGGACUCUUGAUUGGUGCUGCCUCUACCUCCUUGCAGGUGGCCACCUUUGUGGGCCCAGUGACUGCCAUCCCUGUCCUCUUGUUUUCUGGAUUCUUCGUCAGUUUCAAGACCAUCCCCACUUACCUGCAAUGGAGCUCCUACCUCUCCUAUGUCAGGUACGGCUUUGAGGGUCUGAUCCUGACCAUCUAUGGCAUGGAGCGAGGACAUCUGACCUGCUUAGAAGAACAGUGCCCAUUCCAGGACCCACAGAUCAUCUUGCAUGAGCUAGAUGUGGAGGAGGCCAAACUCUACAUGGACUUCCUGGUUCUGGGCAUCUUUUUCCUUGCCCUGCGGCUGCUGGCAUACCUUGUGCUCCGGUACCGGGUCAAGUCUGAGAGAUAGAGCCUGGCGCCUACCUCUUCUGGGCAGGAAGCCCCCAGUUCCAGCCCUUUGGAGCUGUUUUAAACUUGUAGACUUGGGCGUUGGUUGCUGGUGCAGCUGCCCUCCUCUCCCUCAGCUGCUUCACAGGCUAUGGGCCCUGGCUCCCAGCCUCAGCCCCAGAGGAAGGGCUCCAGCCCUCCUGUCAAGGCCAGGAGUCUUCCCAAGUUGAUGCAGUUUGUAGCUUCCUCCCUACUGUCUCCAACACCUGCAUGCAAAGACUGCUGGGAGGUUGCUGCCCUCCUCUGCAGAAAGCACCCUCCUCUGUUGUUUGCCCGGGAGCUCCAUGUUCUCUAGGCCUUGACUUACAAGUGAUCAGAUUGACUCCCUCUGGGGUCCCCACCACACUAGUGUUGAUAAACUGCUAUCAGGUUGGAGUCCCAGGGCUGGGCCCUGAUGGGGUCCCCAGGGAGUUCCAUCAUGGACAUUGGAUGGAGCAAGGAGGGACUCUGGAAGCUUCCUCCUCCUCCCCUUUUUUCCCCACACCCACUUUGGCUAAUUUGGACUAUCCAUUGGGACAGAAGCCGGGCUUUCUGUCUGGGCCACCAUUCCCAAUCCUGGAGAUUGGCGAGAGCAUAGGAUGUCCCUGUCCCUUCCCUAAGCCUUCAGUCAGGGUAGAUCUCAAUGGCACCUCUGCAAUAAUGUCUGUGUCACUCUCCCAUCUGCCACAGGAACUGGAGAAUGCACUUUAUUCUGGGGGGUGAGCCAGGGAAGCCCCCAUCCUCCCUCCUUGCUGCUUCUGAGACCCAGUUCCCCGCGCUCCUUUCCUCUCCAGAAUCAUGUCACAGGCACAAAAAGACCACCAGGCAAUCUCAGCCCUACACAGGCACCAACCAUCCCUUACGGUUCAGAGGAAGAGUGACUGUGGCAGGGAGUAGUCCCAAUGUCGUCCUGCAGAAUCCCACUUUGGAGGCUGAGAAUGAGACUGGUGUGAUCCAGUGUGGCUCCAGGCUCUGCAGGUGUCUAUCUCCCAGUCUUCCCUCCCUCUGGAGCCCGGGGUGGCACUGGCCUCCUGGAAGUCAGAACCCAAGAAGCACAAGAAUGGGCAUAACUGGCCUCAGCCACUGCUCCAACAUGGCCCUCCUUUUGUGCCCCAAGCUGACACUUGCUCACUCGCCCCUUCUCCAGCUGCCUGCUGCUCACUCAAACUUCUGUUCACAUAUAUUCAUCUUCCAGUCAGCAGCUGGUUCCUGGACAUCAGAGCAGCAGGGCCUGGACGCCAGGUGGCAGACAUACCUGUCUGUUUUCUCAGUGGGUCCAGGAUCAUCCUAUAUCUGGUUUCUCUCCUCCAGGACUCUUUCCCCAGUCCCUGUGCUCUCUCCUCUGUAUCUGCCCCACGUUCUUCUCAUUACACAGAGACUAGUUGUAUUUGUGGGAUUUCACCCAUUAUUAAUAAAACCUAUAUUUAUACAGUA